UGAUAUCAACACUAAACCCACAAAUGAAAAUAUGCAAGCAUGAAAGAUUAUUUUUGCAAGAGUAUAAACAAAUCUUUCUAUCAAUAUUUCCGGAUAAGCUGAACGUGCGAUAUUUAAAUAAUUUGAGCAAAUAAGCGUGAAUAUUAUAUAUGUAUGCGCGUGCCUACAAAGAUGACAAAAGAGACGGAGAAAAAAACGAUGCAUCGGAAACAUUAUGGCAACAUAACAUUUGAGACAAUAUAAACCUAGAACCAAAGCUUUUCGCGCAUAAAACAAAUGCACUUUAUCACGAAAUCACACGCAGAUAUGGGCAGCCAAGAAUUUAUUUUUCUGUUUAUAACCACUAUCUUGUCCCUUGCGCAAGUAAUUGCAGCAAACCUGGAAAGUAGAUGUCCUUUUGCGUUAUAUCAGGAAUAUAAUACAAGUCCUGGAACAUAUGUGACAUCAUCGGCUGCAACUGCUUUUGCCGAGUUGGAAGAAAGGAACCUCAUGAGAUUUAAUAAGAAUAAUGGGGUCAGCCGUUUAGUCAAUAGUUUUGUCCCCGGUUCAAAUGGCAUUAUAUUCAGCUCUGAAAAAUCGGAAAAGUUUCAAUGUACUUCUCCGCCUUCGAAUUGUGGGAGUGAUUCGACAAAUUUUUACUACAGAACAUUUGAUGGCACCUGCAACAACUUUCAAAAUCCUGAUUAUGGAAUGGCUAAAUCCAGAUAUGCACGAAUGAUGGCGCCUAAAUAUAGUGAUGGUGUUUACUCUCCAACAAUCUCAGUCACAGGAACCCCAUUACCGAAUGCCCGUCUAUUAUCAUUGUCUUUAUAUGGAGAAGCAUCGUUGCCGGAUGAUUUUCGAACAUUGGCGUUUUUGCAGUGGGGUCAAUUAGUAGCGCAUGAUAUGACACAUUUCGUUAAAGCAAACACUUCAGAUGACUGCUGUACACAUCCGGAGAGUACAUUUUGCUAUCCAAUCUUUCUUCAUCCGCUCGGACCAAUUUCUCAGAGUUCCGCGAAAAAGUGCCUUAAUUUCGCAAGAAGUGCUUCUGAUACUGAUGCUGUAUGUUCCGCUAGUGGUUUGCCAUAUUCAGAAAAGAUAUCGAUGACUUCAGCAUAUCUUGAUCUUUCCUUUGUUUAUGGCAACUCCAUAGAACAUAAUUCAAAAUUUCGUGUUUUUAAACACGGUCUGCUUAAAACAAGUUUGGUCAAUAACCGUGACUGGUUGCCAUUAUCCAUGAAUCCUGAAACUGAAUGCGGAGAUGGGAAUUAUCAAUGCUAUAGCAUACCAGAUAUGCGUAAUCAGUUCAUUCCAACAAUUGCUGUACUACAUACCAUUAUUGUGCGCGAACAUAACCGAAUUGCUAGGGAAUUGGAACAGCUGAACCCUCAUUUCUCGGAUAAGCGUCUUUUCCAAGAAGCAAGAAAAAUAAAUAUCGCGCAAUAUCAAAAGAUUACUUUCUAUGAUUGGUUACCGCUUUUAAUUGGAUCUUCGUAUGCUUACGACAAAAAUUUAUUGUACCAUAUUACAAAAAAUGAAUACGCUUAUGAUUACGAUCCAGCUGUUAAUGCUGCACCUUACGCAGAAUUUGCCGCAGCCGCUUUUCGCUACCCACAUAAUCAAAUACCUGGAUGGUUUUCAUUAAUAUCCUCAAGACGAAAUUUCAAUCAAACUAUGCGAUUAAGUGAUCAUUUUGAACGACCUGAAAAUUUAAAUUUGCUGUGGGAUAAUGAUAACUUUGACUCACUUAUUCGUGGCUUAACAACACAAUUACAAAAGCGUCCCGACAGUAACAUAGAUAAAGAGAUAAAGCACUUCUUUGAUCGUAAAGGUUUUGAAGAGUUUGGAGCUGACUUGAAAGCAAUCGAUAUACAGCGUGGACGAGACUAUGGAUUACCGUCUUAUAAUGAAAUGCGAACAUAUUGCGGCUUACCACGUGCUUAUGAUUGGGCAGGAUUUUCAAGUGAAAUACCUCAAUAUAAAAUCGCAUUAAUGCAGAAGCUUUACGCAUUUCCUGAUGAUGUAGAUUUAGCUAUUGGUGGCUCAUUAGAAGCACACGCACCGGAAUCUAUUAUUGGGCCGACAUUUCAAUGUAUAAUAGGACAACAAUUUCUCAACUCUCGAAUGGGAGAUCGUUUCUUUUUCGAACGGUAUCAUCCCAUUAGUGGAUUUUCAAAAGCCCAAUUAGCUGAAAUCCGCAAAGCCAGUUUAUCAAAAUUAUUUUGCAACAAUGCCGACGACCUGCAGGAUGUUCAAACAAACGCGUUUAUUUUUCCAAGCAUCAGGAAUAUUCUGAAAAGUUGUAAAAAUCUUCCCCAAGUGGAUUUAUCGAAAUGGAAAGCAUCCGUUCAGCAAGGUGUUUAUUUAAAUUAAAGAGAUAAAAUUGUCAUUUGUAUGCAUAGAAAGGCAUUUGUUUUAAUAAAUUGAAAAUAAUUUCGGUGCGAUCUA